UAUAGAAACAUAUUUACGAUCAAGUUUAGACUUGUAAACGCCGAGAUGAACGAAAUGCGUAUGUCAGAAAAUAAACUACUUUUUGCGGAUAAAUGCGACUCCAAAUCCCCGCAAAUUAGCCACCGAAUUUUUGGUCAUAAAUGGACACUCUUUACAACUGUAUUGUUCUUUUUUGUUGUGCAGUUCACUACUGUUUACUGCGUGGAUGAAGUAACUUCAAAGUCGGAACUUGAACAUUUGAAGAGUUGUUCAACGCAGUUAUCAGAUCCCGUGACGUCACAAGUUGAAGUUGGGUGGCCGUACACGAUAAACUGCGAUGAACUUUUUGAAGCGAGUUCGGACUAUUUUAUCUAUGAAGCUAGCGUAGAAAUACUUAACGAAACCGAUUUCCAGUGCAUUAUUUCUUCUGGAGACACCAUUGUGCAUAAAUCUAAUGUCUCAAACGUUGAAUCUGAUGUCACUUCGUUCUUCUUCGCUCGCUCUGAAAGCUAUUCAAUCUCAGCUGUCUCCGAGAAUCAGAAUGGUACAAUUUUCACAGCAUUCCUGGCGAACGGAGACUCGUGUUUUUCAAUUCUCUACACACUCAUCGUCACCGGAGCUCAACCUGAUAAAACUUGCAAUGAAGUGACGUUUAAUGAUGACGAAAUAUUACACAGAAGUUUUGAAGUGGGGAAUCUAUAUCUUCUACCAUGUUUCGAUGGCAAGAAGAAAUUCCACUUUGAGAACGAAAAAUACGAGCUUAAAUGGUACAAAGGCUGUGAGGAGAUCAGAGUUGAAUCCCAAAUUUCAAGCGAUGAUUUCGAGAGCAAUGAUGUUUUGGGCCAAAUGAAGAUUGCGGACGCCGAUUUUUCAUCAGCCGGAAACUACACAUGCUCAGUCGUAUAUAACGGAAGAGAACGAUUUGUAUCAAGAAGUAAUGUCUGUGUCAAAUACGGUCAACAACGAGGGCCUCCAAAUAUUCGUCAAAUAACCUCAACUACAACAAAAGCAUCAAUAGGAAACGAUGUGCAAUUGACAUGUGGAGGAUGGGGUGGAACCGAUCAUUUCCAACUUUCAUUCGCAGUAAUUUGGUACAAGAAUGUAACAAAUCGAACAUCGAACGACAAUAUAUGUGUCAAUUACGUGUUUUAUCCAGGAAACAGCGACCCAACGGGAAAGCAUGAGUGUAACUUAUUAAGCAAUGCAAAGGAGGCAACAAAAUGUUAUACAAAUUACAAAGAUGCUGAAGAAGAUAAACGUGAAGGAUUAAUCUUAUACAAUUCAACGUUGACGAUAAAAAACUUCCAGGACUCGGACGUUGGUCAGUACGUAUGCAAAGUAUUAUCAACUUAUCCACCUGCGGAAGUUUUAUUUAACGUAAAGAAAGAUCAGUUCAAUGUCUUACUUAUCGUUAUUCCUGUGAUUGUGGGUUUCCUACUCAUUGUGAUUAUCUGUCUACUUAUAUUUGCCUGUGUGCGAUCGGGGUAUAUUAAAGGACACUGGAAAAAGAAAUUAGAUAAACCCGUAAACGAUGUGACAUGCAAAGAUAAAGAAAUUCCCAAAGACGUGAUUUGAUCUCGGCAAUGGACUUCACGUCGACCAAAAAGGAUAUCAAACACGCAGUUGGAUCAACAACAAUGACUCGCUUUAUCAACUGGUUAUAGAACACUGCGUUUUUAUGUUAAUUUCCCUUUCCAGUCCAGUAGAUUGAAUAUUUAGAGCUACUAUCUGUAUUCUGAAGCGAGAUUUCAGUUCCAAGCAAGGCUUUAUGCUAGUAGCCUAUCAAGUUGCGCAACACAAAAUACUGCGGUCAUCUUGCCGGUUCGACACAUUCUGUCAAAUUGAUGUAUUGCUGGGGACAGGAGUUAUGUGCUUGCUCAUAGUUGUAAGACGACGUGGUAACCACUGUCUACUUUAAACUUUUAAGCCGCGCCCCCUUUUAAGAAUUUGUCAAGUCCUGCGCCCCACCUCAAAAAUAUCUAGCUAACAAUAAGCUACAAAUAACAGAUGGUAAGGCAAAAGUUUGUUUCACUCAAAAAACACGUUGAAAAUACGUGGACGGCACCACCGUUUGAGAACCACAGGUCUACUUCAUGUGCACAUUGAGCCCAGCAAACCUGCUCAUCGCGUUCAGCGAAUAAUGUUGCAGAACAUCUGAGUUUGUCAACUGCGAUGAAUUUGUUUAAACGUUUUUAAAAUUGGAAAUAAAGUACUAUGCUUUGUUCAAUUUUUUGAGUUUUUUUUCUAGAGAUUCAAAUUUCUUUAUAUAUAUAUCAUGAAUACCAAAAAUCGUUGCAAGAUAAAUACAAAAAGAAAUAAUUUUUUUUUAUAUAUAUUUCUUUAUAUUCUACAUACUGUGUAUGUAUUUUUAUUUCAUGGCAAAUCAAGGAGUAAACGUGGUGAGAAAUUGAAAAAAAUAGUCAAUAUUUUUAG